AUGGAAGAGUUUGAUUUAGUCAGUAACAAUUGGUUUAUACAAAUGUUUGAGUUGCGAAGAUUUUGGAUACCAGCCUAUUUCAGAGAUGUUCCUAUGGCUGGUUUAUUGAGGACUACAUCACGCUCGGAACGUGAAAAUGGUGUUUUUAGUCGAUUUACUACCCCUGAUCUCUCUAGUCUUGUCCAGUUUUAUAUGCAAUUUGAGCGUGCUUUGGACUCUCAAAGACACAAUCAUGCAAAACUUACAAGUGAUAGUGAGGGGAACAUCCCAGAAAUGAAGACACCUUUGCUCAUUGAAAAGCAUGCUUCAACUGUAUACACACUCUCUAUUUUCUAUGAUAUUCAGAAGGAAAUAUGCACAACAUGUUUUAAUUGUCGAGUUUUGAGUGUUCGAGAAGAUGAUGACAUACUAUAUUAUGAGAUCAAAGAUGGCAGUGAUAGAAAGUUUACUGUGGAGCACAAUGUAACUGAAAAGAAAGUUGUUUGUAGUUGCAAGAUGUUUGGAAGAAUUGGAUUGUUGUGUAGCCACACUUUUGUGGUUUUUAAGGAUUUAAACUUUGAUAAAAUCCCUAUGAAAUAUGUGCUGAAUCGAUGGACUAAGGAUGCAUCCUUAAAGCCAAUCUUCCAUAUUGAUGGUCUCACAUUUGAUCAAGGUGUAGGAAUGGAUGAGAGGAAGGUGUUGUUAGCACAAUUGUGGGGUGAUAUGCAGUGUUGUAUUGGUCCAGCAGAAGAAGCAAAAAUGGAUAAAUUGGUUAAAUUUGCACAAGUGAUUAAACAACAAAAAUUGAUAUUGAUGACAGAACAAGCUGAUUUAUCCCCUACUCAUAGCAAGAAUGCAGUCAUAGAGUCUUAUUGUGAAUCAUCUAAGCCUUCCGAGAUCUCUAUUUUACCACCAAGAAAAGCAAAAAAUAAAGGCAGUGGUAAGCGUAUGAAAGGGAAAAAGGAAUUAGCAAUCGAUGCAUCAAAGAAAGGUUUAAGAAAAUGCCAUACGUGUGAUGCUUACUUAGAAAAUGACAAGAGACAUGACAGUUGGAAUUGCCCACUUCGAAAGGAAUUAACAUAUUAA